GGUCGGUGCAGGGGGAGGGCGGAGCGAACGCGGCCCCGGCCGUGUGAGGCCCGCCAGGCCACACACAGGAGGCUGUGACCGCUGUAUCUGAUACACCCUUGACUAUGUUAUAUAUUACUCUUAUUAUUAUUGUUAAUAUAUAUACUAUCACCAGUGACGCACGAUAGUCAUUAGCGUUAAUAACUUACAGCGUGGACCUGUUUUUAUAGUUGUCUGUUAAACAAAUAGGACGGUGAUACUACUAAAAGCUUAAGAGAACUCGUUUUUUGAAAAAUAGUGAAUGAAUCGAAAAUUAAAAUUUAAAAUUAAACUUAACCUAGUUAUAAAUGCGUAAAAUAUCAGUCACGCGAUUCUAGGUGGGUGGAUCAAAGGGCGGCGGCGGCCUUGAGUGCGACGACUCCCGGCUCACGGCACUUGUUAGGAAAAGGCGUGUCGACACCCAACAACCACGGUUUUAUCCAACAUGCUCGCCUGAAAUUUCGUCAACAGCUGGAAAAAUCAAACUCAGUAGUUUCAUAAAUUUUUCAAAAAUAUCCAAAAAUACAAUCGAGCACGUUUUAUAAACGACGAGGGUAGCGGCACCCAGUCGCCCCUAGCAUUACUGGCGGCCACGUGUAGCCGUUACGGCGCUGUCAGCAUGGGGCCCGAACAGCAGCAGGAGAAGGAUCAGCAACAACAGCAACCACAGCAGCAACAGCAUUACACCCAACAACAACAAGUGCAGCAACAGCAGCAGCAGCAGCAACAACAGCAACAACAACAGCAGCAGCAGCAGCAACAACAGCAGCAGCAACAACAACAACAACAGCAGCAGCAACAACAACAACAACAGCAGCAGCAGCAACAACAACAUCAACAACAAGUGCAGCAGCAACAGCAACAACAACAGCAACAACAACAACAACAACAACAGGUCCAACAAGCUCAGCUAGUCCAGCAACAAGUACAGGGCGAGGCACUUGCAGCACUCCAGCAGCAGUAUAUGCAGCAGCCGCAGCUCAGAGUCAUCAGCACUGCCGUGGUGCAACAACUGAGAGCGCAAGGCCUGUCGGUGAGUGAUGUGGGGAGAGAUGUAAAUGCUAGUGUCCAGCCGCUUCAACAUGGCAAUGAGUUAUCAGCGGCCAUUGUGAAUGCUGCGACAACAGUCCCAAACGGCAUUCAAGUGCAGCAACCGCAGGUGAUAUCAAUGCAGCAGCUGCAAUCUCUGCUGGGAGGCGGCGUGGUGUCGUCCAGUGAGGGCACGCCCUAUCAGAACUCACCGCAACAACUGCUGCAGAUACACCCACAACUGCUGCAACAACAAACCGGCGGGGUGUACGGCGGCUGUGUGGUGGGAGGCGUCACUCCGCUGCAAGCCGUCACCGUGGACGGACAGGACGCUCUGUUCAUACCCUCACACCACGCUCAGAACUUCUCGGGCAUGGGUCAGGUGAGCCUGGUCAACGGUCAGCUGGUCCGCACGCCUGUCCUGCCGUCCGGGUUUCUCCACAACGUGAUGCAUCUCCCCGCGGAGCAACAAGCGACCGUGUCCAUCCCCGGCACUAACCUAACAAUACCGCUAAGCGCACUAACCGGUAAUCAGAUGGUAACUAUCCCGGGAACGAAUAUAUCGAUACCGGGCGGGAUACAGAUACCGACCAGCCAGGCUAUCACUAUCCCGAGCUCCACGGGCGUGCAGUUGCCCGCGGCCGGCGUGCCCAAUAACGGAGUAACGAUACAGACUGACGGGAAACACGGAAACGGAAAAGAGGCCAAGUCACCCGCCAGUCCGGGGCAAGGCGGCGGGGUUGCUGUCCGUGGUGGCGUGGGCGGGGUGGGCGGCGUGGGCGGCAUGGGCAUGGUGCCGGUCCAAGUGCCCGUGAGCGUGGCCAACGGUCACACGGUGUACCAGACGGUCCACGUCCCAGUACACGCGCCCCACCUCCAGAUAAUACCGCAGCUGCAGCAGGUACUUCAACAAAUGCAAGCCCAGCCUCAAGUGGCGAACGUGCUGACACCCUCCGGACAAAUACAACAGAUACAGAUCGCGUCACUCGGAAAUGUUCAGCAGAGCUCGGGCGGGCAGGGUGCUGGCGGUCAGCCGACGAUCACGCUGCAGGCUGUGUCUAAUCCCAUGCAGGACACUGGCCAGGUCCAGCAGCAGGCUAUCAUCACGAGUACUCCGAACGGACAGCAGGUCACUGUGAUACCUGCCUCCAGUAAUGUCCCGACGCUGGGCGUGGGCGGUCUGGGCGGCGUGCAGCUGGUCCCAGCCGUGGGUUUGCCGGGCGUCCAGCUGGCGCAGAUACCACAACAACAACCGCAACCCGCGCCUACACCGCAACCGCAACCUCUCAUCGGUCAGCAAAUACAGCAGGAUCCGAACGAGCCGGGGAAGUGGCAGGUGGUGACAGUCAGCUCCGGCAACACAACUACCAGCGAGUGUGAGGCCAACAAGAACAGACCCAGCAGUCCCAACAGUGGGAAACGGUUGAUGAAGCGAGUCGCCUGCACAUGUCCCAACUGUGAUCAGGGAGAGAACCGCCUGGUGGAUCGCAAGAAACAACAUGUCUGCCACAUCCCGGGCUGUAACAAGGUUUACGGGAAGACCUCCCACCUAAGAGCACAUCUACGAUGGCAUUCCGGAGAGAGACCCUUCCUUUGCAACUGGCUGUUCUGCGGGAAAAGGUUCACACGCUCGGACGAGCUGCAGCGUCACCGCCGCACACACACGGGAGAGAAACGCUUCGAGUGUCCGGAGUGCAGCAAGCGGUUCAUGAGAUCAGACCAUCUCGCCAAACACGUCCGCAUACACACCAAGAACAGGAUCACGGAGGUGGCGACAUCUACACAGUCAAUGUAUUCAGACUCCGGGGACGACAGCUGCGAUGAGAAAAUGAUGUUGACCAUAGAGACCAUGCAUCCCAGCAAUGAUGCGGAGGAGAAGCUGGUCAUGAUACGCUCAGGAGCCAAGCUCGAGCCGGACCACAUAGACAGUUAGGGCUGGCUCAUAUUAUAAUAGAAACGUGAUGGUCGCGAGAGACAGACACUUGGACAUUUUUAUUAUAGUUUACCGGAUAGGGUGCCGUGUGACGUCACUCGUGGCGGGAGUGAGUGGAACUGAUAAGUGAAGUAUAUGAACCGGAAACCCCAGAAUUAAUAUUAGUUGUAAUGUUCUAGUGAUGUAAUAUUGUACGAUAUCUAAAAUAUUUGGUGCUACCUGCUGAGUGGACUCCGUCUGGAGCUUGAUUGACACAUGAUGGAAAUUAUCGUUUAUAGAGAGAUGUUAGAACAAUAACUCCGUCCAUAUUAAAAAAAGUUACAAGCAACGGCAUCUUUACCACGGGUUGCAUUGUCGAAAUAAAUACAAAGUCACGUUCGUUCGUAAGUUAUCGCGUAUAGUAUCGACGUUGGUGUACGAGCGAAAUGUGUUUAUUCCGUCGACGGGACCCGUGGUAGGGGUGCUGAUGAGAAUAAAACUUAAACGGUUGGUCAAUAUCACUGCCAUUUUGCUAGCUGAAGGCGGACACGAAUACAUUAAAAAAAUAUAUAUAUUUAAAUCUGUACAUUUCCGAUCAGAAAGUUUUAAUUACACAACAACAUGUCGCCAUUUUGUUAUCAUUCCACGAUAAAACUCUGCUACUAAUUACGAUUUAAAUCACUCACUAUGAGAUUGAAUAUCGCGUUAUGUAUAUCACAUUAAUUUUCACAUAAUUAUAUGAUAAUGAUAUGACAGGAUUUGUAAAUAUGUGUGAAAAGUAUAAAUCUAAGAUAAUUUAUGAAGUGGAUGGUAAUAAAGGAUAGUGUGGUAGAGUUAUUAUGAUUUUGUUAAUUUUUUAUUAUGUUGAUUAUUAAUAAAGCCUGUACCGCCUGUGUGUUAGUCACGUUGUUUGUAUAUAAAAUAUAACAUGAUAAGGGAGGAGACUGGAUUAUUUAUGAGUGCUGCAGACGCGAUACAAUGGAUACUGAUUCAAACAUUUGCAGUGGAAACAGUUGUAUAUAUGAUUUUAUACAAUAUGAAGUGUUAGCGGACAUGAUAUGUGCUUUGGAGAUGCUAGGUACCGAGACCUGACUUCUAUAUACUAUAUUGAAUAGGAACACAUGUUUACAAAUUGUACAAAGGAUACUGUUAAAAUAAAAGUAUAUGAUCUGUAAGUAAGAAUAAAGUUGUGGAAGUAUGAAAUAAAAUAGAGCUCUGGGAAUUAUAUGAGACACAUAUGAUUUGUAUUCAUCAUUCGGCUGUACUUUUAUUUAAAAAUGCAAUAACAUCAGUUGCUCUGACUUUUAUACUUGACCGUAUGAAUUUAUAUAUAUAUGUAUAUAUAUAUAGUUGUACAUAGUGAUGUAACUGCUCUGCUGCUAGUGUUGUUUUGCAUGUUAUUCUUACCUUACAUAUAAUACGUACAAACAAAACACAUCGAAGCACUUAGUGGGUCCAAUGUAAUGAGAAUAGUUUGUACAGUGUAAAUGUAUGUAAAUAUUAACCAAGUUAAAUAAAACAUAUUUUACAUUAUUA